AGUUCACUUUUGCCUCGUCGUCGCGCUGCAGCAUUAACCGAGCGAUCUUUCAACAUAAGGCGUUGUUCCUACAGCGUCAUAUAUUUUUCUCUGUCAGAAUCGCAUAAAGAUGCCUCCCAAGGGGAAGAGUAAAAACUACAAGGGUCGCUCCCGUCAUUUCACUUCGCCCGAAGAGGUUGAAGCGCAACAGGCGAAGGAAGAGAAGGAGAGAGCCUGGAGGGAACGGAAAAAUGUAGCAGAUGACGACGAGGAUGAGAACUCUGAAGAUGACAGCGAGGAGGAAUCUUCAGAAGAAUCGUCUGGAGAAGAAGAAGGAGAAGCGGCCGAGGAGAAAAAGAAGGGUGUCGAGGGCUUGAUCGAAAUUGAGAACCCCAACCGAGCAGUGACGAAGCCGAAGAAAACUACUGAAGCUCUAGAUACGGAACAAGCCCCUGAACUCAGCCGGAGAGAACGCGAAGAAAUUCAGAAACAGAAAGCUCGAGCCCACUACGAGAAGAUGCACGCGGCAGGUCGGACCGAUCAGGCCCGCGCGGAUCUCGCUCGGUUAGCGAUCGUUCGCAAGCAACGUGAGGAACAGGCCCGGAAGAAGGCUGAAGAGAAACGACUUGCCGAGGAGAAGCUCGCGGCCGCCAAGAAGUAACAACCUUUGUCGGCUAGAUUAGCGAAAGUCAAACGGGCACACCAUAUGCCAUCGAGGUAGGCUAUCCUGCGAUGGAUAGUGAACUCUCCGUUUUGUGGAUGGGAGCUUAUGUUUGCGCUUGUGUUUCCGAGUCCGCCGAUUUGAUUUGACGCGAGUCGGCAGCAAUUGUUCUGAUUGGGGAGAAUGUCGACCAAAUGAUUUCGGUUGGGUGUAUAUGCUGUGAGCUGUUUUGUUCGCUGUCGCAGCUCUUCGCCAUGUAUCGUUACGGCCUAUAGCGUCAGAGCUGCGAUGCGAACGACGAGGGAACGACUAAACAGAAAGUUAACCGAUGAGUACCGGCGUGUUUGAGAGACCGCAUUUAUGUACACUUCGUAAAGCAGGGCGAGGGGCCGCGCUGGUCUUGGUGAAUAAAGGUCUCUGAGACAACUUUUCGGA